AGGUGACAGUCCGGCCGACACCAGAGGAGCCUGGGAGCCGCCCUACGGGGGCCUCCAACGGGGAGGAGGAAGACGCAGGGCAGAGGGGGGGCCUUGAGAACCCCGGUGCCGCCCGCUGCCGCCGCCUGACCUGCUGCGGAGGCGUGCUGGGUGCCGGCCCUCUCUGGCCUCCGAGAGUCCACCCGGCCAUCGUCCUGGCAUGGCCGUCCCCUGGCCCCCUGCCUCCAGCCGGACCAAGGGGACAGUGGCCUGCCUGGCGGAGGCCCUCCUCUGGGUCGGAGGGAGCGUGGCCAUGUCCCCUUGGUGGCAGCUCGGCCCACUCGUGGAGCGGUGCAUGAGCGCCAUGCAGGCCGGGACGCAGAUGGUGAAGCUGCGCGGCGGCGCCAAGGGCCUGGCCCGCUUCUACUUCCUGGACGAGCACCGCUCCUGCAUCCGCUGGCGGCCCUCCCGCAAGAGCGAGAAAGCCAAGAUCUCCAUCGACUCCAUCCAGGAGGUGAGCGAGGGCCGGCAGUCCGAGAUCUUCCAGCGCUACCCCGACGGCAGCUUCGACCCCAACUGCUGCUUCAGCAUCUACCAUGGCAGCCACCGCCAGUCGCUGGACCUGGUCUCGCCCAGCGGCGACGAGGCGCGCACCUGGGUCACUGGCCUGCGCUACCUCAUGGCCGGCAUCAGGGACGAGGACAGCCUGGCCCGCCGCCAGCGCACCCGGGACCAGUGGCUGAAGCAGACGUUCGACGAGGCCGACAAGGACGGGGACGGCAGCCUGAGCAUGGGCGAGGUGCUGCAGCUGCUGCACAAGCUGAACGCCAACCUGCCCCGGCAGCGGGUGAAGCAGAUGUUCAAGGAGGCGGACACGGACGACCGCCAGGGUGCGCUGGGCUUCGAGGAGUUCUGUGCCUUCUACAAGAUGGUGUCCACCCGCCGGGACCUCUAUCUGCUCAUGCUGACCUACAGCGACCACAAGGACCACCUGGACGCCGCCAGCCUGCAGCGCUUCCUGGAGGUGGAGCAGAAGAUGACCAGCGUGACACUGGAGAGCUGCCAGGCCGUCAUUGAGCAGUUCGAGCCCUGCCCGGAGAACAAGAGCAAGGGAGUGCUGGGCAUUGACGGCUUCACCAACUACACUCGGAGCCCGGCCGGCGACAUCUUCAACCCCGAGCACCACCACGUGCACCAGGACAUGACGCGGCCCCUGAGCCACUACUUCAUCACCUCGUCCCACAACACCUACCUGGCGGGCGACCAGCUGCUGUCUCAGUCGCGGGCGGACAUGUACGCCUGGGUGCUGCAGGCUGGCUGCCGCUGCGUGGAGGUGGACUGCUGGGACGGGCCGGACGGGGAGCCGAUCGUGCACCACGGCUACACGCUGACCUCCAAGAUCCUCUUCAGGGACGUCAUCGAGACCAUCAACAAGUACGCCUUCGUCAAGAACGAGUACCCCGUGGUCCUGUCCCUGGAGAACCACUGCAGCGUCGCCCAGCAGAAGAAGAUGGCCCAGUAUCUGACCGACAUCCUCGGGGACAAGCUGGACCUGCCGUCAGUGAGCGGCGAGGACGCCACCAUGCUGCCGUCUCCGCAGAUGCUCAGGGGCAAGAUCCUGGUGAAGGGCAAGAAGCUCCCCGCCAACAUCAGCGAGGACGCGGAGGAGGGCGAGGUGUCGGACGAGGACAGCGCGGACGAGAUCGACGAGGACUGCAAGAUCCUCAACGGGGAUGCCUCCUCGAACCGGAAGCGAGUGGAAAACAUCGCCAAGAGGAAACUGGAUUCCCUGAUCAAGGAGUCAAAGAUUCGAGACCACGAGGACCCCAGCGACUUCUCCGUGUCGGCGCUGCCUCCGCCCGGGAGGCCUGGGCCCAAGGCGGAGCGCCGAAGGGCUGAGGAGGGCCUGGAGUCCGGGGAGGACGCUGGGGCCAGCAGACGGAAUGGCCGGCUGCUCGUGAGCGGCUUCUCCAAGCGCAAGAAGAAGAGCGGCAAGCUGAAGAAGGCGGCCAGCGUGGACGAGGUGGACGAGGAGCUGGACUCGCAGAGCAGCCAGAGCCGAGGGGCCGCCCGGCAGAAGAAGACCAUGCAACUGUCACGGGCCCUGUCGGACCUGGUGAAGUACACGAAGUCCGUGGGCACCCACGACGUGGACACGGAGGUGGCAUCCAGCUGGCAGGUGUCCUCCUUCAGCGAGACGAAGGCGCAGCAGAUCCUGCAGCAGAAGCCGGAGCAGUACCUGCGCUUCAACCAGCGCCAGCUGUCCCGCAUCUACCCGUCCUCCUUCCGCGUGGACUCCAGCAACUACGACCCGCAGCCCUUCUGGAACGCGGGCUGCCAGAUGGUGGCCCUGAACUACCAGUCGGAGGGGCGGAUGCUGCAGCUGAAUCGGGCCAAGUUCAGUGCCAACGGCAGCUGCGGCUACGUGCUGAAGCCCCAGUGCAUGUGCCAGGGCGUCUUCAACCCCAACUCGGAAGACCCCCUGCCCGGGCAGCUCAAGAAGCAGCUGGUGCUGCGGAUCAUCAGCGGGCAGCAGCUGCCCAAGCCACGGGACUCCAUGCUGGGGGACCGGGGGGAGAUCAUCGACCCCUACGUGGAGGUGGAGGUCAUCGGCCUCCCCGUGGACUGCAGCAAGGAGCAGACCCGCGUGGUGGACGACAACGGUUUCAACCCCGUGUGGGAGGAGACCCUGGUGUUCGUGGUGCACAUGCCCGAGAUCGCCCUGGUGCGCUUCCUGGUCUGGGACCACGACCCCAUCGGGCGCGACUUCAUCGGCCAGAGGACGCUGGCCUUCAGCAGCAUGAUGCCAGGCUACCGGCACGUGUACCUGGAGGGGAUGGAGGAGGCCUCCAUCUUCGUCCACGUGGCCAUCAGCGACGUCAGCGGUAAGGUCAAGCAGGCUCUGGGCCUAAAAGGCCUUUUCCUCCGAGGCCCAAAGCCCGGCUCCCUGGACAGUCCUGCUGCUGGGCGGUCCCCGGCCCGGCCCUCUGUUAGCCAGAGGCUCCUGCGGCGCACCGCCAGCGCCCCGACCAAGAGCCAGAAGCCAGGCCACAAGGCCUUUCCGGAGCUGGUCCUGGGCUCCCAGGACGCGGGCUCCGAGGGGGAGGCCCUGGACACGGCACCCCCCAGCCCCGGCCCGGCUCUGGAGGCCCCAGCCCGGGAGGAGCCGGGAGGCCGCAGCCCCCGAGCAGACGCCCGCUCCUCCUCCGCGCAGAGGGCGGCCUCCUCCCUGGAGACCAUCGCCGAGGAGCUGGCCCCGGGCCCCGGCCCCCCGCCUCUGCGGGGCGCCCCGCCCAGCCCCGCCACGGGCGGGCCCCGGGGAUCCACAGGACCCGGAGCCAAAGCCCAGAGCCCCCGGAGGGCGGCCCGGGGGGCCCCUGUGCCCCUGCAGCCCAGGGCCGGAGGCCGCGGGGAGGACACAGAGCCAGCACUCGAGAGCGGGCGGCCGGCAUGGAACGGCGGGGGCCCUGACGGGGCGAGCGAGGGGGACCCCGGCAGCCGGACGGACAGCAGGGCCCCACCCCGGCUCCUGGGCCACCGGCCCUUGGUCCGCAGGGUCAGCAGUGAGGGGCAGGUGCCCUUGGAGCCCCUGAGGGGACGGCGGCCGCUGGCUGGGCCCUCCCCCUCUGUGCGCUCCGACGCCACGGGCGGGGACCAGCUGUGGCAGCGGCUGGAGCCAGGCAGCCAUGGCGACGGCGUGUCCUCAUCCUCCAGCCUGUCGUCCGGUGACACCGUCGUCGACCUCUCACUGCCCCCAGGCCUGGGCCUGGGCCUGGGCCUGGGCCUGGGCCGAGACGCCCUGGCGGGGGCCCCGGCUGCACGCCGGCCCUUGUGGCCCCACUCGGCCGCGGCUGCGGGCCUGGACUUCCUCUCAGUGACCAAGAGCAAAUCCAACCCCAACCUCUGGGCUGCAGGCCGGUUCCCUGCAGCCCCCGGCGAGCUCCGGCCGCCACCCUCGGCUCCCCGGCUCCCCUGGGCCCACCUCCCCCUGGCAGGCCUCAGGGACUGCCCCGUGUCUGCCAAGUCCAAGAGCCUGGGGGACCUGACCGCCGACGACUUUGCCCCCCGAGAGGGGGGUCUGGGCAGAAGCCAGGGCCUCGGCUCUGGCCCAGUCGGCGAGGGGCCGGGGGGUGCUCAGGGCCCGCGGCAGGACGCCCUGACGGAGCAGCUGCGCUGGCUCAUGGGGCUCCAGCAGGUGGGAGACCUCUCGUCGCCCAGCAGCCGGGGCCCCACCGGGGACGCGCCGGCCGGCGGCCCCGGCUUCCAGCGGCGCUCCUCUCGCAGCCAGAGCCGGGUGCGCGCCAUCGCCAGCCGCGCCCGCCGGGCCCAGGAGCGGCAGCAGCGGCUGCUGAGCCCCGAGGCGGAGGAGCGGGGGGCGCCUGAGGGUGCCUGCUCCUCGGGCCACGAGGGCUUCGGGGACCCGCCGGUGCCCAGGAGUGCCACGGGCCUCCCGCUCAGACUCUGACCCAGCCCUCGGGGGUGGGGGGGUCGGCCGCUCUCCCCACACCCAGGGGCCGUGGCAGGGCCCAGGGCUGGGCAGGGCCGCGUGCCCCUUGGAGGCCUGCCCACCCCUCCUCUGGGGAGGAAGGAGGCCCACCCCGGGCCACGUUUCACAGUGUUUUAAACUAUACGCAUGGAGAGAGAUCUGCAUUUUUAGAGACAGAGCUUCUACGACGAUCCAAUGGUGCGGAGUCCUCCCCCACGCUCCCUCGGUGUGUGGCUGCACGGGUGCGUGGGAGUGCCCUGAGCCGCCCCAGCUGUGCUCGGCUUGUUCCGCACGAACCCUGCUCUGCACGGACAUCUCGGAGUCUUUGUGAAUUCCUGCCCUGGCUGGGGUGGCUCAGUGGACUGAGUGCUGGCCCACGAAGCAACGGGUCGCC